AUGGAUCCAUGUCACAUCCUGGCUCGGAUCGGACACACGGUACGUCUCGGUGUUCUGCUCCCAACCAAACAACCAGCCAGGGUGCAGAACGCUCUCAACAGAGCCUUGACCAGCUUGAAACACCAGACUGGAGAUGGAAUCCCGCCUCUUCUGCCCUACAACCUCACCCUGGAGGUGGUUUCCCGGUCACCAUCGGGAGGAGAUCCCGUCUCCCUGUCCAGGUGUGUUUGUCAGGAGCUGGUGGUGCGAGGCGUUUCGAGUGUCUUGGCCUUCCCACGCUCACCCGAGGAACUCAUCAAUGUCGACUUCCUGUCCUCCUUCCUGGAAAUACCUUUUAUUUCCCUGCUGGAGGACCUCGAGCCUCUUAGAAAUAAGAACCGUUUCCAUCUCCAGAUGUCAGUUCGUCUUCCGCCGUCCAGCCUGGCCAACCUGCUACUUUCUGUCCUGCUGCGGGUGGAGGGAGGGUCCGAGGGUGAAGGGAGAAGAGAAGGGGAGGGCAGGGGGGAGGAUGUGGGGAGUAGGGGAGUGGCUCUGGUAUGUCCGGGAUGGGAGGAGAGGGGUGAGGGUCUGCUGAAACAUCUGGAGACCCUGAGAGGAGCAAACUGGCAUCUGCUGGACGUCAUCAACCUCACAGACGCAGGAAGAGAGGGGAGGCGGGAGGAGGGGAGGAGAUUAGGAGGAAGGGGGGAGGGAACAGGGGCUGCGAAAAGCGAAGAAGCGAAUGAUGAGACCCAGGAAGACAAGAGAGAAGCGGCGGUCUGGACUCUGCUCUCCCGUCGACUUCUUCCUCCCGCCUCUCCUUCCUGCUCCGUGCUUAUUCUGGGUUCUGACCCGGAAUGCCUGUCUUCUGUUCUCCGCUGCGCCCAACGCCUCGCUCCCUCAUUUCCCACACUGCAGUGGAUUAUGGGUAAUCCUCUGUCACCUGACUCGCUUCUCUCACUGGGCGGGCCCCUUGGCCUACUGGCUUAUGGAGAGGUGGGUCGGAAGCCAAUCACCUUCUACAUUCGAGAUGCACUGCGGUUGAUUGGCCAGGCAGUGACAUCGGCCAGCGAAGUGAGACCAGACCUGGCCUUGAUCCAGAACCUGGUCAACUGUUACGAUAAACCAAAUAUAGAGGAGGUGCCCUCGUCUGGACAGUACCUGGCCAGGUUCCUCUCCAACACAUCUUUUAAUGGUGCUACAGGGUCGGUCCGUGUGGUGCCUGCUCUCUCGCAGGUCCUCUCCUCCCAGCUGUACCAUGUAUGGAGCUUGAAGAGAGGCCCUCUGGGUCAGCCGUCCUGGGUCACUGUGGCCCACUGGACCACGGGCCGUCUCCAGCUAGAGGAGGGCGUACUGGGGCUGGGCCUGGGGGUGGGGGCUGGCCUGGGGCUUGGUCUGGGGGGCAGAGCAAGGUCCGGGGUCCAGAGAGGAGACAGAGAGGAAGCCAACCAGCCUGGAGGGAGAUGGAGGCCAGGGCUCAAGAUAGAGGGUCGGAGGUUAAGGGUGGUUACUCUGGUGGAGCACCCGUUUGUGUUCACCAGAGAGGUGGAUGAAGACGGACAGUGUCCUGCUGGUCAGCUCUGUCUGGACCCUAGAACCAACCGCUCUGACCUCCUGGAUUCACUGUUCAAUCAGUUACAUCAGAGCAACAUGACCACCACCACUGCUGACCACAACCCGACAGAGGACCUGCGUAAGUGUUGCUAUGGUUACGUGAUUGACCUGUUGGAGAAGCUGGCGGAGGACCUGAAGUUCACCUUUGACCUUUACAUUGUGGGAGAUGGGAAAUACGGAGCGAUGGGCAGCAGUGGGCGGUGGACCGGCCUGGUGGGAGACCUGCUGAGUGGGACAGCAGACAUGGCAGUGACAUCAUUCUCCAUCAACUCAGCCAGGAGCAGAGUGAUAGACUUCACUUCUCCUUUCUACUCUACCUCUCUGGGGAUACUGGUGCGCAGCCAAGACACAGCAGCCCCUAUUGGUGCCUUUAUGUGGCCGCUUCAUUGGUCCAUGUGGGUCGGCAUCUUCGUCACGCUUCAUCUCACCGCACUCUUCCUCACCAUCUACGAGUGGAACAGUCCUUUUGGUAUGACACCACACGGCCGGAACAGACUCAGUGUCUUCUCUUAUUCGUCAGCCCUCAAUCUAUGUUACGCCAUCCUGUUCGGGCGCUCCGUCGCUACUAAGACUCCUAAAUGUUGGACUGGCAGGUUCCUGAUGAACCUCUGGGCCAUCUUCUGUCUGCUGGUGCUCUCCAGUUAUACAGCUAACCUGGCCGCGGUAAUGGUCGGUGAGAAAACCUUUCAACAGCUGUCUGGGAUCCAUGAUGAGAAGCUCCACCACCCGUCUCGCGGGUUCAGGUUCGGGACGGUCAGAGAGAGCUCUGCUGAGGACUACAUGAGGAAGAGUUUCUCCGCCAUGCAUGACUACAUGAGGCGCUACAACCAGCCUACUACGCCUGACGGAGUAGACAUGUUAAAGACAGACCCUCCCCUACUAGAUGCAUUCAUCAUGGAUAAAGCCUUAUUGGACUAUGAAGUCUCUAUUGACGCUGAGUGUAAACUGGCCACUGUUGGAAAGCCAUUUGCUAUUGAGGGAUAUGGUAUAGGCGUUGCCCAAGGCUCCCCUCUCACUGCUAACGUGUCCGAAUUCAUCGGUCGCUACAAGUCAGAAGGAUAUAUGGAUCUGCUACAUGAUAAGUGGUACAAGGUGGUUCCGUGCGGGAAGCGGGUAUUCACUAACACCGAGAAUCUAUCAAUGGGCAUAGACCACUUCUCCGGUCUGUUUGUGAUGUUGUGUGUUGGGGUGGUGGGAGCCAUCUUUACCUUGGCAGCUGAGCACACCUUCUAUCACCUAGCUCUGCCCCGCCUACGACGGUCACAGACACUCACCUACUGGUUACACACUAGCCAGAAGAUCCACCGAGCCCUGAACACCCCCUAUGAGGACGUAGGGAAGGAGUUGAUUGGUCGGGACCACAGUCCCUCCCCUUGUCUCUCUAAUAGCUGCAGCCUCCACAGACACCAGCAGCCUCCCCCACCUUCUACUCCCCCCUCCUCCCCCCUGUCCGCCCCCCCUUCUCCUCCCCGGCCCUCUUCCCCGGCCCGGGACCCCAAGGAGAAUAAGCGAGUCCACUUUGACCUGGAGAGCCUACACAGCUACCGCCUGCGGACACACACCGCCUCUGUCCGGGGACGGCCCGGCAUGGUGGGACGACAUGGCCUGGGAGGCUGUCUACGUGGUUUAUCUCCUCACAUUAGCCUCCAUGCUAAUGGUGGCCCAGCAUCGGUCCUUGUUUCCUCUGGCCUGGUCCUCCCUCCGCUGGGAAGCCCAGACAGCCAGACCUUCCUGUGGGAGGGGGAGCUCCAAGAGGUCCAGGGGAGGAUCGAAACAUUCACAGCACAGCUGAGAGAUGCUUUGGCCAGGAGGGCCGAGAUAAAAACCUGCUUGGAGAACCAGAGGAUGAGCCAAACUACAGCUAUUGCAGCAAAACUGAAGAGAGAGAAUGUCGGCCAUUUGCAAAGCCUGAUGAUAGAGAGAACCAACCCAGAGAAAGAUAAAACCAAUGAGGAGAGAGAACGGAGUGCCCAGUCAAACCUCAGUAGCUGUCUUGACAAAGACAAAUAUGGUACAAACAGUGAGAAUUCCAAUGGGAGACAAACAGGCAGACAGGACACAGACAGGGACAGACUAUUAGACCAAUCACAAAUUGAGAGAGACAAAAACGACCAAUCCAAAAGUAUUGACAGAAAGCAGAGCAGCCAAUCACAGGUGUCCCACAUUCUGCAGACAGGGAGGAGCAGCCAAUCAGCAGCUCUGAACAUAAGAGAGAUCAAACCACAAACAUCGGCCAGUUUAGACAGGGAGGCAACUAACCAAUCAGAAGCUGUCAAUAUAGCGCAGACAGAUAGUACUGUCCAAUCACGUAAUCUCUUCACCAGCAUGGAGAGAGGAAGAGUGAGUCAAUCAGGUGCAGUGAGAGACCAGGAGAGAGGGAGAACUGUCCAAGUACGAACAGGGGCUAGUCUGGACAGACCAACAACUAGCCAAUCGGCUACUAUGACUAAUCUGGAGAGAGGCCGAUCUGGCCAAUCCAGUGCCAGCACUCAGACUUCCGUUAGGGAACCUCCUGUUCCCAAUGACACCGAGAAGAGUUUGUGUUAGUCUUUUGAUGGAUUCUUUAAUAGAAAACUAUGGACAAAUCCAAUGACUUCAACAAGUGCACAUGAUUUUUAAGUUAGCAAACUUGAAACUAUUAGACAAAAAAGGUUUGUUUAACAGUGACAGACAGCAAUACAGCCCUGAUCCAUUUGCUUCUGAUGUCAAUGGUUGCUGUCUGUUUAAAAUGAAUGAUCAGAACUUUAACCACCAAUGUUUGUCUCCACAUAAAAGGUGUUGUCUUGUUAUUUUUCAGUUUCCCCUGGAGUCUAAACACUGGGAACUACAUUUAAUCCAACAGAAGCAAACGUAUUGAAAGAGGCAGUGACCCACAUGAGAUUGCUCAAUAAAAUCACUGCAAAUUGUUUUCCGUUUUGCUAUGGUUGACAACUAAUGAAUACACCACAGAUGUGUCGUCGGUUUUGAGCGUGUCACUUGAUGCACACAGGGGGGCUUGAACAUGUUCAAUUACGCCCCCCCCCCUCCCCCGAACUGGGUAAGGAUGGGGCUAUCCAAGGUUUUAUGUCUCCACUGUCAUUGUCACAACUAAUCCUUUUUAAGGACCUUGAGUUGCUCAGAUACUAUGCAGUUUAAUUGAAUUUACUUUCAAAAGGAUUUAAUAUCACAGUGUUUUUAAAUGUAGCUAUAACAUAUCUAUAGUUAGAGCUUGAAGUGGAUUGGAAUGGUUGGUUUUCUAUAACAGGAGCAGUCCGUCAGGUUAACUGAACAGCGGGAAGGUGAGGUGAUGUUUUUGGACUGAGGGAAAUGUUUGCAAACGUGUUGUUCUGGUGAUGGUGGGACGUGUGUUCAAUGUGCCAGGAUGCUGCCUAUAACAACAGUGAUCCGUAUCAUUCACACAUAACCUUGUUGUGUCGUUUGUUUAUCAUUUACAUAUUUUGAA